UAUAAAUCUGGGCCGUCAUCCUCCUCCACAUUUCUCGCUUUACGCAACUGUCAACGAACGAACAAAAGCAGAAAAAAACCCCUAAAAUUGGUCUACAAAUAUGAACCCUGCAGACGGAUCUUUGUUGGAUCCAAACGGUACAAUGACCGUACCUGCAAUCGGACCCUUGACUUCUUCGGAGGAUCUGAGCAAGAAGAUAAGGAAGCCUUAUACCAUUUCCAAGUCCAGAGAGAGCUGGACCGAGCCCGAGCACGACAAAUUCCUCGAAGCUCUUCAGCUGUUUGACAGAGACUGGAAAAAGAUUGAAGCUUUCAUUGGCUCAAAGACUGUGAUUCAGAUAAGAAGUCAUGCUCAGAAGUAUUUUCUUAAGGUACAAAAGAGUGGGACUGCUGAACAUCUCCCUCCCCCUCGGCCUAAAAGGAAAGCCGCUCAUCCGUAUCCUCAGAAGGCUCAAAAGAACGUUCAACCUCAAGUACCAGGAUCCUUCAAAUCAACAGCUGAACCAAAUGACCCAAGUUAUAUGUUUAGGCCCGAGUCUUCUUCGAUGCUGAUGACUUCUCCGCCACCCACUGCUGCUGCCGCGGCUCCCUGGACUAAUAAUGUGCAAACAAUUAGCUUCACACCCCUCCCAAAAGAAACAGCAGGAGCAGGAGCUAAUAACAACUGUUCUAGUAGCUCUGAAAAUACUCCAAGACCACGAUCCAACAAGGACACAAAUGUGCAAGCAAAUCCUGGCCAUUCAUUAAGAGUUUUGCCGGACUUUGGCCAAGUAUACAGCUUCAUUGGAAGUGUUUUUGACCCAUAUGCAAGUAAUCAUCUACAGAAGCUGAAGAAGAUGGACCCCAUAGAUGUUGAAACAGUGCUACUGUUGAUGAGAAAUCUAUCAAUCAACUUGUCUAGCCCUGAUUUUGAGGAUCAUAGACGGCUUCUUUCGUCGUAUGAUAUCGGCUCUGAGACAGCAGCUGAUCAUGGUGGAGUGUUUAAAACCUUAAACAAAGAACCACCAGAAAUCUCUACUUGAAGUUCAUUAAAAAAGGGGGGGGGGAAGGUUAUGAUGAAAUGUCUCAUGUGAGCAAAACCCAUAUUGGUUAACAGAAUACAGAGUGAUUCUGUUGUGGGUUUUGUUGUAAAUAUGAAGAAGAUGAAGCUGGCGUUGAGCUGUUAUAUAUAUAUACGUCUUUUGGAUUAUCUAUGUUAUAUGUAUAGUGUAGCAUCUUUGAGUUUAAAAAAAAAGUAGUGUUCGUCUUCUGUCUACUUGUUUUGGAGCUUUUGUUGAAGCAUGUAACAGUCUUCUGUGAUGGAGACCAGAACUGUUGACGUGUUCUCUUGCAUUAUAUUUUAGUCUAA